UAACCACUGCGGUCCUACUACUGUAUCCCUCCUCUCGGAUACUGUCAGUGUUACUCGCCUCUUAAGGCUUGUUAAAUUGUACAUUUUAGUUUUUUUGGGCGCAGGUGUUUGUUACCUGGUUCUAACAUGGCGGGAGCGGCGGCACCGAAGCGGCAGGACACCCGGAAAUUCUUCGAGAACCUGUCCGGAGCUGGAAAAUCCAUCGCUGUUCUGACCAGCGGAGGAGAUGCCCAAGGUAACGUUCUUUUUGCCCUGGUUCCAUUAUCGGACACAUGUACUGUCUCUGUUUUCACCUUUUAUUUUCACCACAUUUUCCUGCAACAUGCUUCCUGAAACGAAAUGAAGUCCACUCGAGCUUUUACGAGUCUUUUCACGUCGAUUUAUCAUCUUAAAUUACUCACGUACAUUUUGUAUCUUCCUAAGACAGACAUUCAUUUAUUAAGUGUCACUCGUUUGAAGAAAAUAUCCAGUUUUAGAAGAAUUAACGCAGAUGUAAGUUUACUGUUUAAAAUCAUCAUUUUUAAUCAGGAAAUGAAGGAAAUCCCUGUUUAAUAAUAGAUGUGCAGGUUUAAGCUUGUCCGAUAAUGGACUCACCUGUUACAGAUACUCCUGGGGCGCAGAUAAAAAAAAGCGAUCUCUGCACAUAAACGAGGGAAAGUUUGAUGUAUUCCACUUACCCUACAUGAUUAUUCUUAGUUUAAUGCAAUCUGUGAUGUGAUCGGAAGAUGAUCGGGUUUUUAAAUGAAUCGAAAAUGCCGUUAUGCAACAGCUGACGCCCCCUUUCACACUCCUGUUUCACAUCUUCACAUGGAUGCCUCUGUUUCUUCUCAUGGAGAUAACCUCUAAGCCUCAUAACACCACACGUAAUAACCUCUUCAUCCUGCAGAGGAAUAUCUCACCGUGCUCUCUGAAGCACUUCUGCAUCAACAAGUGGUUUUACUCCCAGAAUAAUUGAAGUUAAUCUCGCUCCACAUGAGGCGGUCUGUUCCUGAUCAUGCAUCCUGCAGUGGUGCAGGAUACAUGAUCAGGAAUGGGCUGAGUUGCUUGCAUAGAGAGCAUGGAUGGUGUAUAUUUGUUUUUAUGCAUGAAACUAAACCUCUAUGCGAGCAUGCACGCUGCAGCAAAGACGAAUUUAAUUCAAUCACAGACUCAAAUGGAUCAUUACUCCGUCUGUGCUUCCAUUAUGAGCCCCAGAGAGGAUCUGAUUAGUAGGGCUGGGAUGAUACGCUUCACUCCUGAUUCGAUUUUUCUACAAUUUGUUGGGAGGCGGUUUGAUUUGAAUCGUGAUUCUACGAUAUUGUUGAUUUUCUCGAUUUUUUUGUCUGCAUUUUUAACACCAAACAAUGAAACAGUGAAUGAUUAUGAUUGUCUACUGACCAUUCCAGGAAACAUAUUUCCCCAAAAACACACAUUACAUGGAAGUCAGUUUUUAAGAUUAAAGGUCCUUACACAACGGGAACGACACAAAUAUAGAACACGAAAUUAUGAAAUAUUAGGAGCCGAAUUUUGACGCACCUGACUAUACACAUCAAGCCCGAUGCGAUUUUGCGACUUUACGGGGGGGGGGGAGAAAGACGCGUCCCGGGUGGAAGCGAGAAGACUGAGCCAACAGCAGACUGAGUGUUUUUCAGUUCUGAUUAGACUCUAGUGUUGAGAUGUCGGUCUGUCAUGAUAACUUUAGCUUACGAGCUAAAGUUACAUUAGCACAGAUGAAAGUUAUUGAUGUCCCCAUUUCCCACGUUGCGCAACAAAGUCGCCAACAACGUUGACCAAAAACUCCAGUCCAGAGCGGUAGAGAAAGGCUAACCUGUUGUCAUGGAGACGGACGCAUCCUUCGAAUUAAUCAAAGCUGCCAGGAGGGUCACGCCUAAGGAGGAAGAUAUGACUGCAGAAAAAAUUACAACCAGAGCGCUGUUGUAAUGGAAGAUUUUGGCGUUCGAACCGCUCUGUCGCAUCUUUUGCCAUGGUAACUGUCGCCGAGCAUCAUGGGAAGGCCAGUGUAGCCUCCAUGCACGAAUGCUCAAAACAGGCGCACUCAAAAUCAAUAUUUGUGAAUAAGAUUUAUUAUUUUGUUUCCUUCUCUAUUACAUAUUCUGUUUGAGCUGAAAAUAUGAAAACAAACACAAUUUUUUUAUUUUUUGGUCAUACACAAAAACAAAUAAACAAAAUAUUGACUUGUUUUUUUUUAGUUUGUUAUUUACUAGAUUGAAUGGAAUAAUUGAAUGGAUGAAUAAUACAUGGACCAAAAUGUUAGGCAUGUCUUUGUUUGCUUUAUAUAUGAAAUGUUUUGAAAGUUUCUGUUUGCAGGCUGAUAAUUCUCUUUGCACUUAUGGAAGAAGCAAAUUUAGCUCCAAAAAGUGCAUAAAAAUAUUCUAUUUUUGCACCAAAUUCGUUAUUUUCACGUUCAAAACUCGAUUUAAAGUAAUUUAAACGACUCUCUCGUCUUUAAAAAUACUUGUGCAUGACUGUAGAUGCGUUCACACACGUGUCCGGCAUCACGAAGGAUGAGUGGUGAGAGGACCACUGUCAAGCCAGCCAGAGUGGAAACACUGCAGUAAUCCAGUCACAGCAAACAUCUUAUCUUACAGCUUCCUCUGUCGUGCUUUUAUUUUGAAGGCGGUCGCUCUGAAUUCCUGGUGGGCUCUUAAAGUAAUUGACUCAUCCUGACCUGGAGGGCUGUGCAGCCUACGUGAGGAGCUGCGAGUAUGCAGGGCUGAAUUAGUGCGAAGAAAGACGAGGAAUUGAACAAUAACAGUAAAACACUGUCAAAUUUAAAGGUUCAAAAUGUUAAAAAAAAGGCAGAAUUACAUCAUAUUUAACAAUCCAAAUGAAAAAUGUAUAUCUUAACUGUCACCAUAGAGAUGUUCUGCAUGUCUUUGUUCCUCAAACACCCUCAGCCCAUUUUCUAACCCUCCUGUGUGUCUCCUCUCCAUGUUUUUAUCGAUGUUAUUGAGCUCUAUAAUCUGUACAUGCAGGGCAGCAGGUUCAUUCACAGCUAUUGUGGGCUUACAGGCUGUUAUAUAACCCUGCUCCUAUAGCCCAUGAUUGGAGCUCUGAUUUCUCGCCUGUCAGUCUCUCUGCAGUGAAUCUCGGUUCUUGUAAACAGUUUCAGAAUCAGUGUUUCUGGUUAUGACUCGGGUUGUAACAGGAGAUCUUCUUCCCGGCAGCCUCUGAGGUUUAAUUGAAGCUGCACGUUGGAGCAGAAAUGAUGCACGCGGCUGAGUCUGAGUGUUUCCACUGUCCUAGUUUCACUCAUUCAUAAAAACUGGUGCUGUAGCUCCCUCUCUCUUGACAUGGUUUGAUCGAAAUGAAAAAGAGCUGCAGCUUUUUGACUCGAAUCAUCAGAUCUCUGCGCUUUUGUUUUUAAGCUGGAAACAAAAAUGAAACUUACCCCAGACUAAAGGAACUCCUCAGCGAUCAUUUCCUACUCUGAAUUACACAAGAGAUAAUUACAUUUUCUGUGUGCUCAUUUAGCUCAAAGGUGGGGUAGGCAGGAACCCUAACCCUAAUAUCAGUCAAUAGUUAUUAGUUAUUGAUGACAUUUGGUAAUAUAACGAUAUCUCUGUGUUCUCUUAUGUCUGUGUCGUCAACAUUUUACAAAUGUUUAAGCGGUCCACUCCCCACCUCCCGGACCUGAUUGGUUGUGAGGCAGACGCUGCACAUCCUCCAAUAACUAGGGCCCAACUGAUAUGGAUUUUUUGGGGCUGAUACAAUUAUUAGGGGGGGGAAAAAACAGAUUACGAAUUAAUCGGCAGAUUUUUUCAAUUUGUUAUUAAGUUAUAAAAAAUACAUAUAUACUGUAGAUAUACUGUAGGUUGUGGUCUUCAUGCCGACAGGAAGACCGACUGAUCAAACUCGGACCAGAAAAACGUUUUCAAUUGUUUAUUCUACCGUUACUGCUGCCUGCUUCAGAUCCGUCACUCUGCUGUGCUGUGAGGUAGUUAGUGGAUGAAGAUUGUCAUGAGGUCGCUGCGCCAUCUACAGGAUAAGUCGGGGAAUCUUUUCAAAUUGCAAAACAUUAAAAUGGAAACCGAAUCUUAUUCACCGCGUUUUAUUUCUGAAAAUAUCGGUUUUGGCCAAUUAGUCUCAAACAGGCUAAAAUUGGCCGAUUAAUCAGUAGGGCCCUACUAAUAACGUUUACAAGCCCAAACAAAGUUAGCGUGCUACAAUACUAGACAGUAGAAAUCAACAAGAAAGUUUGGAAAACACAAGCAAGAAAACAAAGUAAAUACCGGAGACUCUGGCAGAAAAACGGGCGCUUAAAACGGAGGUAGAGCGGACAAGAGCUAAAAAGCCGAGUCAACAUAAACGAUGGGGGACGCUUGGGGAUCUUGGUGACCCUGUAACCUUUCUGCUGGACAGGUAAACCGCUUUAACAAAGUAAGACAAGUGUCUGUAACAGAAGUGUUUCUUGUCAAACGGACCUGCUGUAGCGUGUUGUAGCGCCAUCGCUAAACUGUCCUCCCUCGGGUCCUGGACUAUGUCACUUUAUCCUCGUUGUAGAAGUCCUGCAAACAUUGUGUUUGCUGGUAGUCUGUUGGCAUCUACAGUAGCACCAAUGCUUUUGACUUUCACCUUGACUGGGCCCCAUUUGUAAUGAUCUGAAGUAUUUAUCUGCAUUAUAUCUGAAUUUAAUUGGAACGAUGCGAGCGAGCAGGAGCGUCUGUUUGUGGGCGGGGCUUGAGGGGAGAGGAGGAGCUGAGGGGAAAACUGGUUGGAGGGGUAGAGUUUACAUUCAAGAUUUCUCCUAAAAACUGGAACUAACUCAGAUCCUGACUACACCACCUUUAAAACAUGACUUUUGGCUCUGUCUCAAGACUCUGGAUCGUCACAUGCUAAUAAACAAAAAUUAAACUUUAAAGCGACAGGUGUUGUGUUGAAUUGUUUCAUCCCUCUCCCCCUGCGUCCCUACGAGAACAGAAAUGAACACAACAGACACCAGAUGCCUCUCACAGUCAGCUGCACCCUCUGCCAGUUUUCCUCCCACACCACACGCCGCUUACAAGCCGUCCCAUUGACCGAGCCUUAUCUGAAAAAUGUGGAGGGGGUGAGACCACUUCAGGAUCACAAUGUCGGACUCUCCAAACAGCAUUGUUCAGAAAAAAAGAUCACUCAUAUCACUGAUGGGGAGACACAAAGUACGGGUCACAUGCUGGGUCAAAGCACGAAGGAGGAUUUCCUUAAUGGAGGAAACUCGGAGUGAAAGCCUGGAUGUGGUUUCAGACUAACGAAAGCUGAUGGGAUGAGCUAAUGUUGCUAGGAGACCAGGACACUGCUGUUCGUGGAAAUACACAUGAUACUGUGCACAAAGAAUAACUACAGCAGGGUGUAAGGUCGUACAUAUUGAGAGGAAGAUAUUAUCCUGCUCUCACUAAAUAACUGUAUCUGACCCAGAUAGAUAAUGACGUUGAACACGCAAGAUUAUGAACGUGAUCUUCUGAACCUGCAAGACAAUUAUCUUGUGAAUGCAAGAAAGUUUUAACUUUUUAUAACAUGAUGAAUUCAUGGUGCAAACAAGAUUAUAAAUCACCAUACACUAUAUUAUCUUGCGCACACAAGAUUUAUAGAGAAAAGCUUGCUCCCACUUGUUGAUCUUUUGUUCAUGCAAAAUAAAAAUUUGGGGUGCAGGAGAUAACCGAUUAUUUUGUGCAGUAAACAAAGUUUAUACCAACAAGAUCAUGGUAUUAUUCCAAUGAGAUAAUACAACACAACAUUAUUGUGUUGUAUUGUAUUACAAAACAUUAAUGUACAGUAUUCUACCGUCACCAUCAUAAGAAGCUCUCUCUGCUCUAUAUUCAGACUGUGGGCUCUCACUAAAAUCAAAGUGUCGAUCAGAGACUGAGAGUCUGAGAUUUAUUGUUUCUAAUUUUACUAAGUGCUCCUGCAGACGUCCUCAAGGGCGUUUUGUCGUCUCUGUAUCUGUGUUUGUGUCUUUUUAUAUUUUUAACAUCAUUAACUCUCCUGGUGUUUGACCGUCUGUCUCGACACCGUCUACAGCCUCAUGUUUACGUUUCUAUUUCUCCCUUUUUUUUGUUUGUUUUUGUUGAAACAGCAAAUUCAAUGUACAGAAAAUAGAUGUUGUGUCUGUAUUUGCCAAACUAAGCCUGACAGUAUUUUGAAUAUUUUCUAAAAUCUCUGUCUUCUUCAUCUUUUUCCAGGUAUGAAUGGUGCGGUCCGCGCCGUGGUGCGGAUGGGGAUCUACGUUGGAGCGAAGGUUUACUUCAUCCAUGAGGUGAGGCAUGACUGAGGCUCCAGACUUAGCCUCCGGAUAGUCUGCAGUGUCCUCGACAUUUGACACAGAGCCAAAUCAGUCCAGACAAUUUCGACCUGUUUCCUGGAGGCUAGACGUCUUAUCUUCUGACCUUACAAGGAAACAACAUCUCACCCUGAAAUUCAAUUAACUCCCCACUAGAUACGAUUAUAUUUAUGAAAAACUGGAAACAAGGUGAAUAUUAGAUUUAUUUGUUGAUAUGUUCUUGUUAUGAAGGGUGGUUUGAAGAGAAUCAAAGUCAGUAUAAACUUACUGUCUUGGGGUUCAGGUAGGAGGGUUGUUUACACACAGAUAACAUUAAUACUUAAAAUACACUGCUUUGUAAACUUUAAUCUGACUAAAAUUGCUUAAACCUUUAUGAGUUUUAAUAUUUUCUGUACUAGAUUACGCAUCAAUUGAUCCUGAAAUAUAUAUUUGUCUUGAUUUAUGCAACAUAACUAUCACGUAGCUAGCUCUGGAUAUAUUUUUAUUCAAAUUUGUUAUUUUCAACAGGUUUCCUUUUGUUUUUACUUCCUCAUGGUAGUGUAUCUUGUUAUAGCAUAUCAUAUCAAACCAGGCAUGUAUUGUACCCGAUCAUAUCAAUUGUAUCGUAAUGCAACACAAGACAUUACAUUACAUCACAUCAUAUUGUCAUGUAUCGCACCAUAUCACAUCGCUCCGUAUCGUAUCGCACUGUAUCGCAUCGCAUUGUAUCGCAUUAUAUCGCAUUAUAUUGCAUUAUAUCACAUUGUAUCAUAUCAUAACUUAUCAUAACAUAUUGUUUAAAAGUCACAUUCCGAGUUGUAUCGUAUUUUUCGCAUUAUAAUAUUGCAUUUUGUGUGUUAUCCCAAGAUAUUAUCUAACUUUGCAGUCAUUUAAUUGUAUUGUAUCUUAUUGUUGUUAUAUUAUAUCGUGCUGCUUCGUACGGUAUCAAACCUUACACAGUUGUGUUGUGUUGGGUAUUUUUAUGUAUGUAACUGUAUCAUUAGUGUGUAUCCUAGUGUAUCUGAAGUUAUGCUGCAUUACCUAACCCCAGUUUAGACACUUUAGAUAUUUGCUCUUACAAAUUUCGUUGUACCUUAUGUAUUACACCUUAAUUUAAUUUACAUGGACUAAUGAGUCGAGAGGAUGUUGUUUGCUUUGAUUCUUUAACUCAAGUUUUUUGGACCCUGUCUAGAUCGGGGUCUUCUUUCCCAUUGGUCUAAGUAAUGUUAGAAUUUAAAUAAUGCAUAGUUAAGCUAUCAAAUUACGACCUGAAACACUCUGACGGUUUUCUGCCUGGAUUCAGUGCAGCACAGAAUAAUCAAACCUUCUGAUUUGAAUCAGAAAUUAAAAAAAAAAUCCCUAUUUUAUUAAACCCUGAAGUUAUUUAGCUGAGUCGACCGAGUAAAGACGUGCGGUUUUAACUGGCUUGGCGCCAUUGAGGACGGUGAGUCAGGCAGGUAGAGACGAUCUGGUUUCAGUGUGGGUAUAAUUGGAUUACCAUGGGCAGGCCUCAUCCCUCACUGACUACACUGUUAUCUCCAUCAGCCCCAGAUAACCCCAGAGCUGUAAGUAAUGACAGCUCAGGUCCAUGACACUUUUAUUUUAGGAACCCUAAAAGUACAAAUACAAACACUCGACAAACUGCCUCAUCCACUGAAGAUUAACUCGCCGAAAAUUAAUUUUGUGAAGCGUUGAUAAAAGGUUUGACACUUUUUGUUUCCAGUUUUUCAGGGUAGUUUGGUGUUGAACUGUAUCUUCUGAAUCAUAUUAAAUCGUAACUUAUCAAAUUCAAAGACAUAAUAUAAUACAUUUCAAAAAUGUGUCCCAUCAUAUAUCUAUCGUAACUUUUCAAUUCUUUCAUAUGGUUUCUUAUAACUUAACAGUUCUUUUAAAAUUGUAUUUUUUCUUUUCAAACUGGAUAGAACCAGACUACUUAUUGUACAAUAUCUUUAUAAUUUUUUAUAUUAAAAAAGAAAUUCCUUCAUGUUAUACAGUAUGUUUUAUUUUACCAUAUCUCUUUAAAUUUGUUCUAUUCUAACAAAUUGUAACUUUUAAAAACUGAGUUAUGUUGUGUUGUAAUUUUUAAAAAUGUAUCUUAUUUGUAUCUUAUCUUUUUAGAGUCUGUUGUGUCUGUUUUUUACUGUUUUCUGCUGUAUCUCUUCAAAAUUAAUCAUAUUGUAAUAUCUGGUAUUAUGCUGUUUGAUUUUCCUCGGAAGUCAUAUGUCGGAGCUGAAAAUGACGUCGGAAAAACUUGCGGAAAAAUGAAAAAUCGAAGGCGGAAACAAGAUGGCUACAUCUUCUUAAGUUAUUUAAGCACUUGCCUCGUCCGAAUAUAAGGCAAGCACUAAAACAACUUUCGUAGAUGUAGCCAUCUUGCUUCCGUCUUUGAUUUUUCUUUUUUCCGACUUGGUAUCUGAAACGCUUGGAACUCAGGUGUGACGUCAUUUUUGGCUCCGACAUCGGACUUCCGAGAUAACUCGAAUCGCUUGAAUUUGACCGAUUCCGAUUCCAAUUCCAAUUCCUCGUUUUAAAUCUGAAUCCUAACGAUUCUCUAUUAUGAUUCUUUUAAAAGGCAGGAUAAAAAAAAUGCAUGUUUUAAAUGAGGGCGCUAACCAAAGUUCCUCUUUUUAGAUGAUAUGUCUGAAAAUUCUCUAUUCAUUUUUACAUUAAAUAAACUUCUUAUAAUUUUCCUAUGAAUCUCUUACAGGGAUACUUACAACCAGUAUAUAAAUAUCAAUCUUUGUUGUCCGUUCAUUUGUCAAUGAAAAAGUUAAACUGAUGUUUAGUUAGUUUUGUGCAUGAAGAUCAGCUGAGCAUUAAUCCUGUUCGUCUCCUCUCAGGGGUAUCAGGGGAUGGUGGACGGUGGAGACAACAUCAAGGAGGCGACGUGGGAGAGUGUGUCCAGCAUGCUUCAAGUGGUGAGUGGAGCUUAAUGCCGCUGUUUCAGGUCACACACUCCAGAUAAAAGAGCUUAAAACUGCCGGUAACGCCAGUGAAAACUCAAAUAAAGCUCAGAUUUGAGUGUCUCAGCUCUAUAGAAGUGUGUUUGACACAGGAAGAGGGGUAUUCAUGCUCAGGUCAACAUGGCCGAUCUCUGCUGUGUCAGUGGACGAGUGUGAUGAUCAUUGGAAGUGACUCAGCAGCAAAGCCAAAUUAGUGUGUGAUUGAAUUAGACCUGGUUUGUCAUUGUGGGACUGUCAUUGUCCAAAUUGGAUUACUCUCAGUGCCACAUUUAAAAAAGACUUAACUCCUAUAGGAGCUGAAGUAUCAAAACCAGACAUAUAUGCAGCAUGUUCUCAGUAAUAAUAAUCAGUGACCUGGAGGCAUCAUGACGGCUUCUGGACCACCAGAUCAACUUUUCACACAACAAAACUUACUGCAAAGUGAUUCACAUGAACAGAAAAACCAUCGAGAUGAAACAAAUCCUGAUUCAUGGGCAAGGUUAUGACAAGUGAACAAAACAAACAACAAACAGAUACACAAAUCAAAAAUAUGAUAACUGCCGUAAUGCUAUCAUGAGUUCAUAAUGAGGAAACACUAGAGGUGUGAUUAAAAUGUUGAAACACAAAAUAGCUAAGAAUACAAAUAGAUUUAUUAAUAAACAAAUGGAAAAUUGAUAAAUAAAUAAACUAUACAAUUACCAUGUAGAGCUGUGUGUCAUCUGCAAAGCUAUGGAAGUUGAUGCUGUUCCUUCUGAGGGGUGACAUAUAAAAGUCAAAAAGUGAAGGACCUAGAAUUGAACCCUGAGGAACGCCACAAUUUACAUCAUAAUGCCUAUGGUAUUUAAAUAGAGUUUGACAGAAGGGACUUUUUAUCCAUGUUUGACCUUAGAUCAUUUACUGUGAUUUGUCCUUAAACCAGAUUGGCAGUUUUCACAGAUGUACCUCAGCAAUACGUUUUAAAUUCUUAUUGAUACUCAAGAUAACAAGAAUAUGAAUGAAAGAAGGCAAUACAUAGAAUUCUGAAUAAAUGAAUACAUAGAAAUAUACUAUGUAGAGCUGUGUGUCAUCUGCAAAGCUAUAAAAGUUGAUGCUGUGCCUCCUGAGAGGUAACAUAUAAAAUGAAAAAGUGAAGGACCUAGAAUUAAACCCUGAGGAACGCCGCAAUUUACAUUAAAACUUGACUUUCUGUCUUUAUUGUUUUGUGUAUCAUAUGCUUAAAAGAAAGUGCUCCCACAACAUAAUUUUUGGACCAAUAUUUGGUUCAAUUAAAUCAUUUUCUUAUCUGCAGCAGACAGACUCAUAACUGCCUUAAAAUUAAACAUUGUAAAAUAAAUUAUUAGCAUGAAUUCUCCCUUAUUUUACAAUAAAAACAGAAAAAAGAUAAACACUUUCUGACUGAGUAAUUCCUGCAUGAGAGGAAUAGGAGGAUACUUUUGUUUUUGAGGGUGUGCUGUGUGUUUCCUCAGGGCGGCACGGUCAUCGGCAGCGCUCGCUGUAAAGAGUUUCGUUCCCACGAGGGUCGUGGAUGGUUUAAUGGCCAUGCAUGCAAACACAAUGGGCCUCAUUCUCCAAUAGUUAUUACUUGUGAGAAAUUUUCUGUUUGCGUUGAUUUUGGUGCCAACCUGUUCAGAAUUAUACCGCUCAUCUUUAGUCCUCUACAAGAGUCAUAUUUUCACACAAAAACCUCAUUCAAUCAUAGGAAAACAGAUCACUUAUUAGGAAUAGUGUCUUCUUUAUAAAGAGACGGAAAGCUGUGUUUGUUUCAGUUUGGGUUUUUGUUAAUCUGUCAUCAUCUGCAGGGCUGAUCGAUGAGGCGGCAGCUGAGAGCAACUCUGAGCUACACAUCGUCGGCAUGGUGGGCUCCAUUGACAAUGACUUCUGCGGAACAGACAUGACCAUCGGCACCGACUCAGCUCUGCACAGGAUCAUCGAGGUGGUGGAUGCCAUCAUGACCACGGCUCAGAGGUAAACCUACCCUUAAAGAAAAGGCAUGGACGAAGUCUUUGGUUUUACAAAUUUGCAAAAAUACAUUUAAAUAAAUCUUUCACAUUCAAAAGAAAAAAGUUUAUCUUCAUGUAAAUAACAAACAUCUUUCUUCUACCCAUUUACCGUGAGUCUAUUCUGUUUCAUGUCAUUUUAAGAGAUAAAUCCUUUCACUGCUUAGAGCUUUUAUAGUUUCUGAUGUUAUGUCCUGUUUUUCAGCCACCAGAGGACGUUUGUGCUGGAGGUGAUGGGCCGACACUGCGGGUGAGGACUCGGCAUGAACAUCACAUAUACAAUAUUUUAUAAUGAGUAGUAAAUAAUAAUGUGGAUGGUUUAAUGGCCAUGCAUGCAAACACAAUGGGCCUCAUUCUCCAAUAGUUAUUACUUGUGAGAAAUUUUCUGUUUGCGUUGAUUUUGGCGCCCCCUGUCUGAAUUAUACCACUCAUCUUUAGUCCUCUACACGAGUCAUAUUUUCACAGAAAAAUCUCAUUCAAUCAUAGGAAAACAGAUCACUUAUUAGGAAUAGUUUUCUGAUGAAAUAAAAAUCCUUAAAAUAUUUAUUUCAAACCAGUAGUCUGUUAAUGAUCAAAACGGUGAUAUUAUACUUUACUAUGACUAUACUAUAUUAUUUUUUACAAACUAUACUAUGACCUUUUUAAUCAUACUAUACCAUGACUUUAUUUAUCAUACUAUACUGUGACAUUUUUAUCAUACAAUGCUAUGACAUUUUUUUAUCAUACCAUACUGUGACAAAUUUUAUCAUACUAUACUAUGACAUUUUUAUCAUCAUUCUAUACUAUGACAUUUUUAUCAUACUUUAAUGUAAAGUUUUUAUCAUACUAUACCAUGACUUUUUUUUACAAACUUAACUAUGUUUAUUUUCAUACAAAAAUUUGAACUUUUUAACAUUUUAUGCUUUGACAUUUUUUGUCAUACUAUACUAUGACACUUUUUAUCAUACUAUACAUGACAUUUUUUACAAACUUAACUUUGAAAAAAUAUAUUAUACUUUACUAUGACUAUACUAUAUUAUUUUUUUACAAACUAUACUAUGACCUUUUUAAUCAUACUAUACUAUGACUUUAUUUAUCAUACUAUACUGUGACAUUUUUAUCAUACAAUGCUAUGACAUUUUUUUAUCAUACCAUACUGUGACAAAUUUUAUCAUACUAUACUAUGACAUUUUUAUCAUCAUUCUAUACUAUGACAUUUUUAUCAUACUUUAAUGUAAAGUUUUUAUCAUACUAUACCAUGACUUUUUUUUACAAACUUAACUAUGAAAAAAUUUAUUAUUCCUUUCUAUGACAUUUUUUCAACAUAUUAUACUUUGACAUUUUUUGUCAUACUAUACUAUGACACUUUUAUCAUACAAUACUAUGACCUUUUUAAUCAUACUUAACUAGGAUUAUUUAUCAUUCUCUUUAAAACUUUGUUAUAUCAUCGUAUACUCUGACAUUUUUAUCAUAUUAUACUUUUAAAUUUUUUAUCAUACUAUACUAUGACAUUUUUCAUCAAACCAUAGUAUAACCUUUUUAAUCAUACUACACUGACUUUUUUUAUCAUUCUAUAGUAUGUCAUUUUUAUCUACUAUACUGUUAAAUUUUUCAUCAUACCAUACAAUGACCUUUUUAAUCAUACUAUACUAUGACUUUUUAAAUCAUACUAUAAAGUGACAUUUUUAUCAUACUCUACUAUGAAAUUUUGUUUAUCAUUCUAUACGGACAUUUUUAUCAUACUUUAAUGUGAAAUUUUUAUCAUACUAUACCAUGACAUUUUUUUACAAACUUAACUAUAAAAAAAAUUAUUUUACUUUACUGUGACAUUUUUUCAACAUAUUAUACUCUGACAUUUUUUGUCAUGCUAUCCUAUGACAUUUUAUCAUACUUAACUAUGAUAUUCCUUAUACUAUAGUGACAAUUUUUUUUGUCAUACUAUAGUAUGACAUUUUUUAACAUACUAUAAAUACUAUGACAAUUUAAUCAUACUUUACUAUGCCAUUUAUAUCAUACUAUACUGUGACAUUUUUAUUAUACUAUACUCUUAAAAUUUUAUCAUAUUAUACUUACAUGUUUGCAUCCCAAUUGACUAUGAUUUUAUCACACUAUUUAAUGACAUUAUUGUUUUAUUCUUCACUAUGACUUUUUUAUCAUACUUUACUUGACAUUUUAAUCACACUAUACUUUGAUAACAUUUUUUUAAAUAAUCUUGUCUUCCAAUUGCAAUCAAUAAAGAAUCAUGAGUCAACCAGUUUCAUUUGUUAUUUUAUUGAGCGGAUGAAGUGACAGAGAUUGAAUUUACAGUCUGAGUUACCAAAACUCACUGAGGCAGUUUUAGUGAGCACACACAUAUAUCAUCAUAAGAGACAACUUCCUGUUUCCACUUUUGGCAAAUCAGAAGAGGGGAGAGCGAAAUGUCUGCAAGCAGCAUGAAAACUUGGAAAAGAGAAUGUGCAGAUUAACAAGAUGUGCAGCUGUACACAGGUAAAAACAGGCAGAAAGGCAAGAGCAAACAUUGUCAAACAUGACAUUUUUUGUCAUACUCUACUAUGACAUAUUUUCAUCAUACUAUACUAUGACGUUUUUUAACAUACUAUACUAUGACAUUUUUUAUCACACUAUACUAUGACAUUUUUAUCAUACUUAACCAUGACUUUUUCAUCGUCCCACACAAUGACAUUUUAAAUCAUACUAUACUUUGACUAUUUUUAUCAUACUAUACUAUGACACUUUUUAACAUGCUAUACUAUGACAUUUUUUCAUCAUACAAUACAAUGACAUUUUUCAUCAUACUAUUCUAUGACAGGUUUUAACAUACUAUACUAUGACACUUUUUAACAUGCUAUACUAUGACAUUUUUUCAUCAUACAAUAAAAUGACAGUUUUCAUCAUACUAUACUGUGACAUUUUUAUCAUACUAUACUAUGACAUAUUUUCAUCAUACUAUACUUUGACUAUUUUUAUCAUACUAUACUAUGACAUUUUUAUCAUACUUAACCAUGACCUUUUUAUCAUCCCACACAAUGAAAUUUUAAAUCAUACUAUACUUUGACUAUUUUUAUCAUAUUAUACUAUGACAUUUUUAAUCAUACUAUACAAUGACACUUUUUAACAUGCUAUACUAUGACAUUUUUUCAUCAUACAAUACAAUGACAUUUUUCAUCAUACCAUUCUAUGACACGUUUUAACAUACUAGACUAUGACAUUUGUGAUCAUACUUUACUAUGAUAUGUUUAUUAUACUAUACAAUGACAUUUUCAAUCAUACUAUACUAUGACACUUUUUUACAUACUAUACUAUGACAUUUUUCAUCAUACUAUACUAUGACACUUUUAACAUGCUAUACUAUGACAUUUAUUCAUCAUACAAUAAAAUGACAUUUUUCAUCAUACUAUACUAUGACAUUUUUAUCAUACUAUACUAUGACAUAUUUUCAUCAUACUAUACUAUGAUGUUUUUUAACAUACUAUACUAUGACAUUUUUAUCAUACUUAACUAUGACUUUUUUAUCAUCCCACACAAUGACAUUUUAAAUCAAACUAUACUUUGACUAUUUUUAUCAUACUAUACUAUGACUUUUUUAUCACACUUUACUUUGACAUUUUUAUCAUACUAAACUAUGACUUUUUUAUCAUCCCACACAAUGACAUUUUAAAUCAAACUAUACUUUGACUAUUUUUAUCAUACUAUACUAUGACAUUUUUAAUCACACUAUACUAUGACACUUUCUAACAUACUUUACUAUUACAUUUUUUUUAUCAUUCUAUACAAUGACAUUUUUCAUCACACUAUACCAUGGCACUUUUAAACACCCUAUACUGUCACAUCUUGAAUAAUACUUUUCUAUGAUAUCUUUAUCAUACUAUACAUAGACAUUUUCAUAUUUACUAUACAAUGAAAUUUUUUAUCAUACUAUACUAUAACAUUUUUUAUCAAACUAUACUAUUACAUUUUUUAUCAUACUAUACUAUGACAUUUUUCAUCAAACUAUCCUACAACAUUUUUUGACAUACUAUACUAUGACAUUUUUCAUCAUACUGUACUAUGACAUCUUUUAACAUACUAUGCUGUGACACAUGAUCAUAACUUUACUAUGGUAUCUUUAUCAUACUAUACAAUGACAUUUUCAAUCAUACUUUAGUAUGACAUUUUUUAUUAUACUAUACUAUGAUGUUUUUAUCAUACUAUACUAUGACACUUAACAUACUAUACUAAGACAUUUUUAUCAUACUUCACAGGUCUUUUUUAUCAUACCAUACAAUGACAUUUUUUAUCAUACUAUACUAUGACACUUUUUAACAUGCUAUACUAUGACAUUUUUUCAUCAUACUAUACAAUGACAUUUUUCAUCAUACUAUACUAUGACGCUAUUUAACAUACUAUACUAUGAUAUUUUUGUCAUACUUUACAGGUCUUUUUUAUUAUACCACACAAUGACAUUUUGAAUCAUACUAUACUUUGACUAUUUUUAUCAUAUUAUACUAUGACAUUUUUAAUCAUACUAUACUAUGACACUUUUUAACAUGCUAUACUAUGACAUUUUUUCAUCAUACAAAACAAUGACAUUUUUCAUCAUACUAUUCUGUGACACGUUUUAACAUACUAGACUAUGACAUUUGUGAUCAUACUUUACUAUGAUAUCUUUAUUAUACUAUACAAUGACAUUUUCAAUCAUACUAUACUAUGACACUUUUUAACAUACCAUACUAUGUCAUUUUUGAUCAUACUUUACUAUGACUUUUUUAUAUAAAGUAGUUUUAACAUACAAUACUACAAUAUUUAUUAUACUAUACUAUGAUUUUUUUUUGUCAAACUUGAUUUUUUUUAACAUACUAUAGCCUGAUAUUUUUUCACACGGUAAUUUUUUUUAAUCAGAUAACAUAAAUAUUUCUUAACAUACUUUGACCUUUUUUUCAUACUAUAAUAUGAUAUUUUUAUCAUACUAUACUAUGACAUUUUUAAAAUUACUUAAGAUUACUAAUUCUUUUCCUAUUUUUUUCCCACCUAUCAACUCCAAGUGGUCUGAAACAUACUCCCCAAUCGGUUCUGGACAAUGAUUCUAACCCUACGCCCUGAACCAGGCCCUCACCCUAACCAUAGACACUUAAAAAAUCUGUGUUCGAUUUUGCUAUAGAGGGUAGCAUCUCCCUUUCACUUGAAUAGGGAUUUUUCAAAUUGUCCAUAACUUUUAAACGCAACAUCAUAGAGACUUUAUUCCAGUACCAGUGAACUCGGGGUACAUGAAAUAGGAAAGUAUGGUCCUUGACCCAGACACUUAGUACCCAAUAGUGGAGAGAAAUAGUGGAAUGAUUUCAAACAGAUGUUAAUAAUCAGGUGUGUGUUCACGUGCAGGUACCUGGCUUUGGUCAGCGCUCUGGCGUGUGGAGCUGACUGGGUUUUUAUUCCAGAAAUGCCUCCUGAGGACGGCUGGGAGGACAACAUGUGUCAGAAACUGUCUGAGGUAACACACACACACACACACACACACACACACACACACACGCACACACGCACACACACACACACACACACACAUAAACUUUCACAACUGCUAAGUAUUUUACAAUUUUUAUUUGAAAUAUUUGCAGAUUACGUACAAAAAUAACAAUACACCCUGCAUACAAAAGCCAACUUGUUAUUAUAAGUAACAAAAAAGUUCCUUUUUAAGCUUUUAAAGUGACUUUUAAGACUUUAUUUAUCGAGUGUCUGUGUCCUUGUAAGCAGGACUUUACUGGGAGGUAUUUCAAGUGUUUGAGUAGAAGUUUAACACAUUAUACCCCCUCACUUCAGAGCCUGCUGUGAAUCUAAAAAUAGUAGGAGGCACAUAAACAGCUGACUUACUUAAGUUGUGUGCCAUUAAACAGGCAGCUGCAGAGCUUCAUAAUGCAUCAAACAGAAAACGAAAGUCAUUAAGAGUCAUGUCUGUGAUGUAAUCAGAUCAGCUGAUCUCUUAUUUUGAAAGUGAAAGUGUUUACAAACAUGAAUGAGAAAGUAAACACUGUAAAACAACGACUCUGGUGGGACUCGAACCCACAACCUUUGAAUCACUUCUCAAGUGCUUGACUAGAAGUCCAAUGCGCUAUCCAUUGCGCCACAGAGCCCCUUGUGCCAUGGGAGACUGAGGGAGCAUUAAAAGUUUCCAGUUACAGAGAGAACACAUGGUGAGAGCAAGAGUUAAUGUUGAGUCUAACUUUGUUAAACACUGUCUAAAAGAACUAAGUGCUUAAGUGCCGCUCAGGGAAAUAUCAGAAAAAAUUAAAGUUUACACAUAGUGUUACAAAAGCUACAGAUGUACAAAUACUUAUUUCUAACAGUAAAAUAAAUAAAAGAGCCUAAAUUAAGAAACCUGAAUAUUUAGGUUAAGUUAUCAGAGAUGAAGGUAAAUGAAGAAAUAGACAGUCAGAGUUAAGGAAUAUAAAGUCAAAAGUUUGACAUGAAGACAAGUAAGUCAUAGUUCUAAGAUAUAAAGAAUGAAAAUAUUUAUUUUUAAUAUAUAAUAAUUGUUUUGUAAUUUAAAGAUCAAUAUUGUGACAAAGUAGGUCAUGAUCACAAGAUACCAAGUCACAACUAUGUUAUAAAAGUCAUAAUUUUGAGGUAAAAAAAAACAGCAAAUCAAUUGGAUAAAAAAAUUACAUUAUGUGAAAAAGUAACAGGAUAUAUGAGUAUGUGUAUGAGCUAUAUAUUAUCUUAUCUUAAAUCUACUGGAAAGCAAAUCAUAACUUUUAAAUAAAAGUUGAUUUUUUAAAACUUUUGUCAUGAUUUUAAUUAUUUUUAAUCUCAUUUUUGUAACUUUUGUCACAUAAUUUGUUUUAUUCUCUCAUUACUGUGAUUUAUUUUUAAUCUCUGAUGACUUUUAAUCUCAUUUUGACAGCUAUUACUAUUUUCUCUUCCCGAAGACAAAGUCACCUGAAAGAGAAGAGGUUUUCUGUGGAACUUUUUUUUGUAACUAAAGAGCUGUGUGAAAAAUAACACCCCUGUGUCUAACCUUCUGUUGGUGAAAAGCAGCUAAAUCGAAGCAGAGGCUGAAAGGCUCUAAAGUGAAGGGUUUGAUAGACAUCAGUACGAUACUUGGAAAAAAACUUUUGAGCUGUAAAUCACCCAAAGCUUUUCUACCAUUGUCCCAGUCACCACAACAAUCUACACGCACCCAAAGGUGUAAACGCCUUCAUGAUUAAAGGUUGUUGGCUCCUGUGAACAACUCCCAUCUGACUCCCAAACUUUUUAGCAUACUGACGACUCUCAGAGACUUGACCAUCUAAUUUCUUCACCAGGGAGGAAACUUUUUGGUUUCAAGGCAAAAUAUGUUCAAGGACUAUAAAGUAGUUUAAAUUUACUAGAAUAGAUAAAGAAUUUCACAUCUCAAAAAUGUCUUCAGGAACUUGAAGCACGUACAGGCGCCUGUAUUUAAAGGGAUAUUCCAGUGUAAAGUUAAUUUAGGGUCAAACACACUAUAAUACAGAGUUAGACACCCCUUGAAAAAUGAAGGUUGACGACCGCUUGCUUCUCUAGUUAUACCAACUUUAGUAACAACCGCACAGAAGCAAUACAUAGCAGUCUGGUGAGCCUUAAACAAACCUUGCAGUUCGAUGAAGAACUGUUCAUAUUGUCUGCAACAUUUCUGUCUCAAGGGGGUUUCUAACGCGGUGUUACAGUGUGUUUGAACCUAAAUUAAUUUUAUGCUGGAAUAUCCCUUUACGGGGCAGUUUUCAGUGCAGUUCAAAGCUUUUCUUCUUUGAACAAACAUCGACUCUGGUGGGACUCGAACCCACAACCUUUGAAUCACUCCUCAAGUGCUUGACUAGAAGUCCAAUGCGCUAUCCGUUGCGCCACAGAGCCCCUUGACCCAACCGUAGCCCCCUUUAGGUGACGAAACCUCAGGAAUAGGCUAUUUAGCAUUUUCCAUGGACCCAGGGGAUAUAAUAUCUAGAGGUUUAGAAGUCCAUCAAAAAUGGUCUCAAAAGCCAUGACUAGACAAGUAGUUAGCAGACAAUGGACCCAUUGAGUUCUGCCUGAAGCAUAUGCCAUCGUAUAUCAACAAGUCAAGUCAAAGGUCUAACCAUUAGUAAACAUGUGUAAGACCUCAAGCCCCUCAGUAAAGAAACAUCGACUCUGGUGGGACUCGAACCCACAACCUUUGAAUCACUCCUCAAGUGCUUGACUAGAAGUCCAAUGCGCUAUCCAUUGCGCCACAGCGCCACUUGACAACGCACCUCCCUCCAGGUGAGGCAGCCUCAGGAAUAGGCUAUUUAGCAUUUCCCAUGGACAAUGGGGAUAUAACAUCUAGAGGUUUACACAUAAAAGUCUCUCAAGUCCAUCAAAAAUGGUCUCAAAAGCCAUGAAUAGGCAAGUAGUUAGCAGAGAAUGAACCCAUUGAGUUCUGCCUCAAGCAUAUGCCAUCGUAUAUCAACUCAAGUCAAAGGUCUAACCAUUAGUAAACAUAUGUAAGUGGCUGAUUAGACCUCAAGCCCCUCAGUAAAGAAACAUCGACUCUGGUGGGUCUCGAACCCACAACCUUUGAAUCACUCCUCAAGUGCUUGACUAGAAGUCCAAUGCGCUAUCCAUUGCGCCACAGAGCCACUUGACAAUGCACCUCCCUCCAGGUGAGGCAGCCUCAGGAAUAGGCUAUUUAGCAUUUCCCAUGGACAAUGGGGAUAUAACAUCUAGAGAGUUACACAUAAAAGUCUCUCAAGUCCAUCAAAAAUGGUCUUGAAAGCCAUGAGUAGACAAGUAGUUAGCAGACAAUGGACCCAUUGAGUUCUGCCUCAAGCAUAUGCCAUCGUAUAUCAACAAGUCAAGUCAAAGGUCUAACCAUUAGUAAACAUGUGUAAGACCUCAAGCCCCUCAGUAAACAAACGUCGACUCUGGUGGGACUCGAACCCACAACCUUUGAAUCACUCCUCAAGUGCUUGACUAGAAGUCCAAUGCGCUAUCCAUUGCGCCACAGAGCCCCACAUUGGAGUUGAGGGGCUAAAACCAGGAGAGCAAGAGCGUGAAUUUAUCCCAAGUUCAAGAUUUUCAAUACAAGAAAAUUCCAGUUUUAUUCCUUAUUGUUUUCUUGAUAAAAUAAUGACACUGUUGGGACUCAAACCUGUAACCUUCUGGAGCCAAAAACAUUCACCAUAUUUCAGGUAUUCUCGACUGACUAACAUUUACAGAUGAUUUGAUGUUCUGAGUGUAUUUGUCACCGUCCAGAGCCGGUCUCGAGGUUCCAGGUUGAACAUUAUCAUAGUCGCUGAAGGAGCCAUUGACAGACAAGGACAACCAAUAACCUCUGGUUUUGUAAAGGAUGUGAGUAAAGCUCAGUUUAACACUGAAGCAGAGGGGGAACCAGGAGCUGGACCAGCUUGUGGAAAUCCAUUUAGGUAUAAUACGGGACACGCAGAAAAAAACAGCAAACCCACAGUCAGGAAGGUCUGAGUGACGAGGGUUUCUGCAGGAUUAUCCACGUGUACUGGUUCCAGCUUUUGGAUGCAAACCAUUUUCUGUCGUGUGUUUAAAUGCUUGUGCUUCUGUAUAUCCCUCCCUCUGUAGAACCGAGCCGAUAAGAAAAGGCUGAACAUUAUUAUUGUAGCCGAAGGCGCCAUAGACUCCCACAACAAGGCAAUAACUCCUGAUUAUAUCAAGGAAGUAAGUAUGAGACUCUGGGCUCAACUCAUGGAUCCACGAGUCCUCCUCUGAAGCAUGUUUCCAUUUCACCUCACGGUCCUCAGUCUUGGGAGCGCACAUGGUGAAGUUUUUGCUUUUUUUCCCCUCCAUUUUUUUUUGUAUUUAUCUACUCCUAUAUGUUUUUUUAUCCUCUCUGUCCUUUUGUGUCCUUAUUUUUGCUUCACCCCUGCAUGCACUUCAUGAGGCACUCGUCACAUGACAGGAAAUGUUUUGCAUGUUUUCUCCCUCUGUUUUAUUUUCCAUGCUUUGACCUGCAUUCAUCUUCUUUGAAUUAAAAUGUCAUAACUGUUUAGUUUUGUUAGCUCUGUGAAACCCUUUAAAAGGAACCCCAACUGUGAGGACUAAUGGGCAUAAAUAUGCUUUUUAAAAAAGUAUGAAGAAUCAUUAUUUAAAAAAAAUCGGGCCCAGACAUUUUUUUUUUAAAUAGCGCAAUGCACUCUGGGUUGAUGACGUCAGUUGGUUGUGUUGUGCCAAGACACUGGUGCUAGCUUUUGCUCCAGGAGCGAGAUUACUACAAUAAUGCUGCUUUUGUAAACAAACAUCGACUCUGGUGGGACUCGAACCCACAACCUUUGAAUCACUCCUCAAGUGCUUGACUAGAAGUCCAAUGCGCUAUCCAUUGCGCCACAGAGCCCCAUGACCCAACAGCACCUCCCUCCAGGUGAGGCAACCUCAGGAAUAGGCUAUUUAGCAUUUCCCAUAACAUCUAGAGAGUUACACAUGAAAGUUUCUCAAGUCCGUCAAAAAUGGUCUCGAAAGCCAUGACUAGACAAGUAGUUUGCAGACAAUGAACCCAUUGAGUUCUGCCUCAAGCAUAAGCCAUCAUAUAUCAACAAGUCAAGUCAAAGGUCUAACCAUUAGUAAACAUGUAAGUGGCUGAUUAGACCUCAAGCCCCUCAGUAAACAAACGUCGACUCUGGUGGGACUCGAACCCACAACCUUUGAAUCACUCCUCAAGUGCUUGACUAGAAGUCCAAUGCGCUAUCCAUUGCGCCACAGAGCCCCACAUUGGGAUUGAGGAUAUGUUGUGAGAUUUGUUUUUGCCAAAAGGUAGAACGUAGAUCUACAGGGUUAUUCUCAAAUGUUAUCACCAAUCUGCAACAAACGCCACAUAAUUGAAUGGCGAGUGAAAUUUGAGGGGCUAAAACUAGGAGAGCAAGAGCGCAAAUGUCCUUCUGAAGGACCCGCAGCUUCUCUUCAGAUGCAUUUAAUGCAUUUAGCCGAACUAAGCUGAGCUCACAGGUGCUACUGGUUACAAAUCAAGACUAAAGCCAAACAGACAAACACAAACAGACAAAAAGCCCUCGAACCCAAGACAACCUUUGAAUCACUCCUCAAGUGCUUGACUAGAAGUCCAAUGCGCUAUCCAUUGCGCCACAGAGCCCCACAUUGGGGUUGAGGAGAUGUUGUGAGCUUUUUUUUUUUUUUUUGCCAAAAGGUAGAACGUGUAGAUCUACAGGGUUAUUCUCAAAUGUUAACAUCAAUCUGCAACAAACGCCACAUAAUUGAAUGGCGAGUGAAAUCUGAGGGGCUAAAACUAGGAGAGGAAGAGCGCAAAUGUCCUUCUGAAGGACCCGCAGCUAUGUUCUCACUCUCCCUGUCAGUUGGCAUGGUGACGCAGUUGCUGCAUGCUCACCGGCGACUAUGGUCGACUGUUUCCUUUUCGCAUCUUCGUUUGUCUUUAUUUUAAAGCUCAUUUUGACACGUAUUUGCGGUGAUAUCCUCCUCGCUUAUGUCUCUCUCGGGUUCAAAUCGGAAAGGUUGUUUUGCACCGUUGAGUAAAAAAUUUAUGGGGCAGAGUCCGGCGCAACCACGUGACAACACAACCCUGAUAGCAUUGCGAGACAAAAGACAAUGGCGGGCUAAGAGUGAAAAUAUUUUUCCCAGUUUUAUAAAAACUAAAAUAUGUUGAUAGAUUUUAAUAUUGUUUUUAUAAAGCUGGAACAAACAUUGAUCAUAUAGAGUAGUAUCGUCUUGGUGGUCCGGGUUCCUUUUAAAGGAAUGUUCAGUGACACACUUUCUCCACUAUCCUAUUGCUCCCUCUCUGGAUAUUCAGCUGGUAGUCCGUUGCCUGGGUUUCGACACUAGGGUCACCAUCCUGGGUCAUGUGCAGAGAGGAGGGACCCCCUCGGCCUUCGAUAGGAUCUUGGUGAGUCACUGCAUCUUAAAGGGAUAUUCCAGCGCAAGUUUAAGCCGUGGUCAAACAGACUGUAACACCGAGUUAGACACCCCCUCGAGAGAUGAAUGUUGCCGACCGCUUGCUUCUUUUGUAAAAAUAACUUCAGCAACGACCACACGGUAGCAAUACACAGCGGUCUACAUCUCCACAAGCAGACCUCAACCAGCAAGCCACAAAUAAUGCUCAGAACAGCACCUAACUUCACCAACAGGACAUACAGGGUCCCAGCCACAGGACUAGCCACCAACAUCUUUUUAACUUUGACUCAUUUCUUUAGCAAAGAGACUAAACACAACUCACCUACUCUCUUCCGGCAGCCGCUUGUUUGUAGUGAGACCUCAGGCCAGUCCAUUACAGACUACAGUGGGGUGACGCAGCUCAAGGAAGAACACCAACAGUUGAACUUCAAUUUGAUAUCUGUAAAUAUCACGUGAUCUAGAUACCCGUUUUAGCACCAUGGCAACAAAAUUAAACUCGCAGGCACCAACCUGCUCAUUUGCUUGUGCAGAAACACCGUAGUCGCUGACAACAGAUCAGCUCACGUCAAAAACAGUAGACUUUAAGCUGACAUUAAAAAAUAACUGACUAGUCUGUGGCACCCCCAGCCUUCAGUCCCACUUGCAAGCUAACCUAAACAUACACAAACACAAACACAGCAGAGAUAUAUCAGCUCAGGAUGAACCUCGUUCUUACCUCUGCAGGCCAGCCGUAUGGGGGUUGAAGCAGUCCUGGCGUUGCUGGAAGCCUCAGCUAACACUCCGGCCUGUGUCGUGUCUCUCGUUGGAAACCAGGCUGUUCGGCUGCCUCUGAUGGAGUGUGUUCAGAUGGUAAGAGUGUGUUAAUGCAUACAUGUAAGACAGAUCUAUUGUUGAUUUGAAGCAGGAUGGAUUUCAGCAGAUGUGAUUUUACUAACGUGACAAAAGAGAUCAGCGUCAAAUCCAGAGAGUCUGAAGUGAGUCAGAGCGGCAUCAGAAAAUGUUGCUGUUAACCAAGAGCUUCACACUUCGAUCUAACAGCUCGGCCGUCUGAAGUGUGAAAUGAUGGAGCUCCAGUUCUCUUUCCUCUGCCGCCAGCUGGAUAAUCAUUGAUGCUAAUUAGAAAAGCACACAGACACAAAUCUAAUCUGAUUACUUUUAAAUAACAGUUUGAUUUCAGUCUCUGCAGAGAAAACGAACUUUUUUGAGGUGUGGUGAAGGAGGUCUCUUGUGUUAAAUCUUCAGACUCAGGAGGUCCAGAAAGCCAUGGACGAGAAGAAGUUUGAGGAGGCGGUCAGACUGCGUGGCAGGUAUGAAAGUUUUAACUUUAACUAAAAACAAGCGAUUUAAGGAGGAACUGAUUAAUUUCACUCUGAAAGUAACAAAACUGACAUCAAUUUCAGAUUUUCUUCUCUAUUAUUUUGCUGCUGCUCUCCCUGCCUUGGCUUUUCAAUGUAUAAACAUUAUUUACUUUGAAUACCGAUUGUUUAUGCUGAUUACGAUGACGACUCUAAUCUCAGGAAAAGGAUUUGGUCAAGAGUUACUUUUUGCCGUUAUCUGUUUGGACUUUUAGAUCUGAUACUUCUCUCUGGUUUGGUCUUAACCAGUCUCCUCAAGUCUUGUUUGCAGCUCUACUGACUGGUGGAAAAAAAGUUGUUUCUUUGACUUAAUUUGUUCCCGACUGAACUUGUAUUUUCUCGCCUGUUUCCUUUAGGAGCUUUGAAAACAACCUGAGCACGUACAGACUCCUCUCCUACAGGAAAGCCGACUCUGAGCUUCCUAAUGUGAGUACCUUCACCUUCGAUCACAGCUCAAAUAAAACACGGUGAAGAUCAUGAGUCCAAUUCUCAGAGUUGUAAUUCUCCUGAUGUAUUUUUCCACCAGCGGCUCUCAGAUUUGUACGGUAGUAUGAGGUACUUCCUGGUCAGGUGCCUUGUGGGUGCUGCAGUCUUUUUGUGACACUAACAGAGUCUGUUUUUCUGUGACUGUGUCCGUCCUGAGGGAGAGGAGGAGAAGGAGGAGGUGGAGGAGGAGGCGGAGGAUGGAGAGAAGGUGGAUGUGUGUUAUGUGUAAACUCCUGACGCUUCUGUAGGUGUAGUUCACAGAGCAGAGGAGAUUUCAGACCCUUUAGAUGAUCCUCCUUCAGAAUAAUGAUUUCCUGGUGACACAAAAUGACCGUGCCUGUGCUCCUCACCUGCUGCUGCUGCCCAUCAUCGCUCAUCUCCAUGGCUCUGCUUUUAUAAACAUUAGAUGUAGGAACAUGAAGAGUCGUAAUAGAGCUGAGAGCGAGGGUUUCCCAGUCCCUGAAGUCUCUAACAAUCACAGGAUCUGCUGGGAUUUGCUUCUCCUAACUUCCUUCCUUAUAGUCUGUGGCUGAAAGAGUUUGAGAUUAUUCAAACUGGACCGGCUGAGUUUAAAACGAGCAGAAGCUCUUCGAAUGAAAGCUCUGAUUCAGGUUUAGGAGAUUUGGUUUUGUAGGAGAGAAAAAAAAAUCCUUAGAUCGGGAAAUCACGACAUCCUGUUCCACAUAUCUGAUACUUAAGAUGAUCGUAACCUGACUGCAAACGUUCAGCUGAUACUUAAUGAAAAAUAUUAAAAAAUUAGAAAAAACUUUGAUUUAUUUGAGUCAGUUUUUAAAUCACACGCCACAUAUUUUAUUCUAUUUUUAAAAAUAUGUAUUUUUACAGUUAAUUUUUACUUUAUCAGGAGUAGAGAAAUUGGGGCAAGACAUGCUUUAAAAGGAGGGCCGGGAUUCAAAACAGCGACUUCUGCAGCAAGGACUGUAGCACUUAGACUAAAAGGCUGUCGGCUCCUCAUUUUUAUAUUCAUCUCAUCUAAUAAACCUAUUUUUAAAUUUGAGGUUUUUUUAUUUUAUUAGUUUUUUUGUCAGUGUUGGUCGGCAGCCUGCUCAGGUAUCGACUAUCCAGAGUAAAGAGUGUUGAAGUAAUAAAGUCCGGACGUAAUGAACGAAUGAAUAACAUUUUUUAAUUUAUCUGAAAGGAAAAGAAAUUGUUAAACUUUAGAGAGUAGUCUAAGAUUUUAAAAACAGUUUUUCGUUGUGUGUCCUCCUGGGCUGUCACAAGAAACUGGGAGAUUAUUGUAUUGCAAAAGACAUGCUAUCAAUAAACACUGUAAAAUUUCAUUUUUUAUAUCGUGAUAUAUCGAUAUCGACUAAAAUAAAAAAUAUAUAUUGUGAUAAAUUUUUUCCCAUAUCAUCCAGCUCAGUGUACGCCAACACCAUGAGUUCAAAGUCAUGGUUAUCUACGCCAGUUGCUACAUGUAAUAAAACAGGAGAGAUGAAGAAAAAGCUGCAGCUGCUGGCGAGCUAGCUUUAGCAUCCCCCGGAGAGAUGACUCAGCACUUUUAAAAAGUGACUGAUCAUAAAAUCAAAAACAACGUGACGAACAUUUAUACUUUUUUUAAAAGGUUUGUUACGUACACUUUCAGGUUUGUUACGUACACUUAACAGGAAGUAGCCUGUGUUUCAAAAUAAAAGCACAGUUCUACCUUAGUCCGGCUUAAACCCAAGACAGAAGAAAAAUAUCAAAAUAAAAGCAUGACACACAAUUGUGCAUGAGGCGAUGUCUUCACCAAAGAAGUUCCCGCUCCAGGGGUGGUGGUGCGUAUAACUCAUAAAUCUGAAUUUGACGUGAGCUUCUCUCAUCUCCUCUAGUCUCAUCGAUUUCCUCAGUUUCACUCAAGAGUUGCAGGAGGAAAACUUAAAAAUACCAGCUCUGAAUAAAAACCGAACGGUCUCACAGUGAAGCAGUUUUAACAAACUCUGUCAUGACGAAGCAGAUGCUGCUUUAACGCAUCGUCCAGCAGCAUGUGUUGCUCUGUUGCAUGUACGGUGAUCUUUGCCUGCCGCUGCCUCUCUGAAGCAAAGACCUGGCCUGCUCCUGGUUAGUGAGACAUGGAUGGUAUAAUCAGACGAUGGACGUGGACGACUGUCCCGUCAGGCGCGAUGAAAAAUCAAAGCUUUUGAUUGGCUGUUUAUAAAAACAGACCUGCAUGUUGCCUCUACGGCGUCUGAUAUACCAUCUUAUUUACACAAACAUCACAUAUGCUGUGAUGCUGUGAUUGUAGACUGACUGUCAGACUCACACGUGAGGUGUGAAGAUAUCUUCAGCAACGGUAAAGCUUGGAGGUGUAGAAGUGUUUGUCCUUGCAGUCUGCAGGUGUCACACCUGACUGUGUGUGUUUCCUGUCAGUCUGAGUUUACCGCUGUUUUUCCUCCACAGAGCUCCUUUAACGUGGCUGUGCUGAACGUCGGCGCCCCGGCGGCUGGAAUGAAUGCCGCCGUGCGUUCUGCCGUCAGAGUGGGAAUAACCGAAGGCCACAAAAUGUUCGCUGUCAGUGACGGAUUCGAAGGUUUCUACAAGGGACAGGUAUUUAUUAUAUUUAUUCAGUGUGGUCAUGUCGAGUUUUUAAACGCUCGCCCUGAGUGCAGUCUUUGGAGGUCAUAGCGACCGAUAGUGGGCAGCAGGAGUUGUCCUCCCCCCUCUGCUGCUGUUGGGAUCCAGUGAUAAGUCUGAAGUGUGUUCAGAUAAACAGCGCUGCAGUACUUACUGUAAGCCAAUUACUCCACUCCCACGCCGGCUAACCCACAUGCUCAGUCUCCUUCUUUGUCCAGAUUGCACACGUGCUUUUCCACAAACGCACAUUCCCAGCUGUGCAGACAGCAGCUUCGACCUGUUGACAGCAGUGCAGCCCUGCGGAGAGCAGGCGUUGUAAGGGAUUAGACUCGAUUAAUGAGUGAAGCCGGAAACAUGAGUGGAACCCCGACAAAGGAGGACACUACACUGUGAUUAAAGGGAUAUUGCGGCGCAAAGUGAAUUUAGGGUCAAACACACCAUAACACCGAGUUAGACACCCCCUCCAGAGAUGAAUGUUGACGACCGCUUGCUUCUCUAGUUAUACCAACUUUAGUAACGACAGCAAGAUAGAAAUACAGAGAGGUCUUAGGAGCCAUAAACAAACCUUCAUCAACAGGACAUAUAGGGUCAAAGACAAAGUACUAGACACCAAACAUCUUUUUAACUUUGACUCAUUUCUUAAAGAGACUAAACACAACUCACCUACUCUCUUCCAGUGAUAUCUCGGGCCAGUCCAUUACAGACUACAGCGGGGUGACGCAGCUCAAGGAAGAACAUUUAUGAUCAUUUCUUCAUGGAAGUGCAAUCAGACCGAGACGCUAAGGCAGAAGAACUACUGCGUCUGCAGUGAAAAAUGAUUAAUAUGAUGAUUAUUACUUCAAGGAAAUGAUAAAGAAAUGAUCAUAAAUGUUCUUCCUUGAGCUGCGAAACUCCACUAAUAGACUGGUCGAGGUGAGUUGUGUUUAGUCUCUUUGCUAAAGAAAUGAGUCAAAGUUAAAAAGAUGUUUGGUGUCUAGUACUAUGUCUGUGACCCUAUAUGUCCUGUUGAUGAAGUUAGGUGCUGUUCUGAGCAUUAUUUGUGGCUAUAGAGUGGCGUUUUGGUUGAGGGCGUGGCUCUCUGUAUUACUAUCCUGCGGUCGUUACUAAAGUUGGUAUAACUAGAGAAGCAAGCGGUAGUCAACAUUCAUCUCUCGACGGAGCGUCUAACUCUGUGUUAUGGUGUGUUUGACCCUAAAUUAAUUCUACGCCGGAAUGUCCCUUUAAGAGCUCUUGCUGUAAUGUACUGACACUAGAACAGGGCGCAACACUCCUACGUUUUACCGUCACUCUGAUGUAUUCACUAAACAUCAACCGAAGUCCAUAAAAACCAAAUAUUCUGACCCGUCUCUGUUCGAUUUCUGAAACCAGAUCAAGGAGAUCAAAUGGGGAGAUGUUGGUGGUUGGACUGGCCAAGGAGGAUCCCUGCUGGGAACUAAACGGUACGUUAAAGCCACGUUGAACUACCAUAUGGUAUAUAGCCGAGCUAAAUCUAUUUCACCUCAAACACACCUGCUAACGACCUUUAUCGAAUUAUUCUCAUGUUUGUGCGCAGAACUCUUCCAGGUAAACACCUGGACAAGAUCGCCGAGCAGAUUAGGAUCCAUAACAUCAACGCCCUGCUGGUGAUCGGAGGAUUUGAGGUGUGUACUCUUACUUUUUACUCUUUAGUUUAAGAGACUAUUUUAAAUAUCAUAGAAACACUUUGUCUUUAACAUUUUUGAGUAUUUUAAAUGAUUCGAUCAGUCAUACAGCAUUAUCGAACACUCUCACUCCAGUGUGUCACAUUCACGAUACUGUGUCGUAUUUACAUUUCAUCUUCUUUACACAUUUCAGUGUCUUGAAUUUUAUACAGCUGUUUUUAAACAUCAGAACUGAAGCAGAGGACAUUUAAAUGCUUUAGGCUCUCUCCUUGUCGCUCCUUUUGUGGUCAGUAGUUCAUAACAAAGCUGUAAAACACAAAUUUCUGAAAUCAGACUUUAUAUCUGUUAAGGAAGUAAAAUUUAACUUAAAGAACAAAGUGAUUGUAUUGGACUGUUAAUCUUCGUCCUUUUCCUUCAUCUUUACCUGAUGAAUGUUGAAGUUGAAUUAUUUAUUUUUUUAGAUUUACAAUUAUCGAUCAACUUUCAGUAUUUUCUGCCAAGUAAACACAGUUUUCUGUCUAUGCUUUUAACUCUUUCAUACUUGGUGAUAUUUCAACAGUUCAACUUUUACAUCGUUGAGCUUUUUCAGGAGAAAGGCGCCGUCACUAAUCACAUUUCUACUCCUUAAACUUUUUCAAUUUUUUGACUUUGUCAGCUUUGUCAGAUUAGGACCACCGUCCUCCUCCCUGUCUGUCAGUCUGUCUGUGUCUGUUUGUGUCUGUGGGGCUGUAACCUCCUCUAUCUGUGUGUCUGUCAUAUUUGGCCUGGCUCUCUCCCCUUGGCUUCUCCUCCCACCACAUUCCUCCCUCACCUCCUCCCGGUACUGUCACUCCUGCCAUCAUUGAACCACCAACACGCCCCAACCACCUCAAGUCCCGCCUCCUUUACAACCUUUGGUCUUCACACCAUGACCUCCUCCAAACCCCCGGCCUUUGACCUCUUACCUCCUGUACUUUAAAGCCUUCAGCAUCAGCCCUCUUCACUUUCCUCACACACCUCAUCCCCUUUGUUUGCACCUCCUCAACAACAACCAAUAAGAUGCUGGCUCUCACCGCUGCAGGCCUACGUUGGAUUACUGGAACUCUCGUCCGGGCGGGACAAAUAUAGCGAGCUCUGUGUACCCAUGGUUAUGGUCCCCGCCACCGUCUCCAACAAUAUACCCGGUUCAGACCUCAGCAUUGGCUCAGACACCGCUCUGAACGCCAUUACUGAUGUAAGUGUGGCCGGGCUGGAGACGAUGUGUGUGUCCAGACUUAACACGCACCAUCCAGCCAAUCAGAGUUUGGGGCUUCGCUGACCGACCGCUCGCAUCCUCACGCCAACAACCAGACAGGGCGGGUCAUUUAGCAAAGAGAGACACUGAUGAUAACCUAAAUUACACUUAAUAUUUUCACGAGGAUGUGUUCACUACAACCUUCUUGACAAACUUUAAAGCUCCUUUGAGGAGAUUUCUGACUUUAAUGAAACAGACUAAAACUCAUAUUUAAAUUUUUUUAUGAUCUUAAAAAGCAAAAACAAUUAUAACCGUUUUUUAUUUUGUGAAUUGUAAUGUCUGAAACCUGUAUGAGGGGGGUAGGUGUCAGCCAUGUAGUUAAAGAAACAACUGGUUGCACUAUUUCUAAUUAAUUAUUAUAACGAUUGAUACAUUUGGUUGUCAAAGGUCAAAGAAAUUAUUUUUUUGUCUGAAGAUGCUACAUAGAGAUUUAAAAAAAAUAGCCAAUGUUGAAAAAGUUGAAAAAUCAAACAUUAAAGCUCCUGUGUGGAGUUUUAGUGAGUUAUGACACAAACUUAAAAUGACAGCUAUGUUUUUUUUAUAACCUAAAAAUGAAAAUACUUGUUAAGAAUUUGAUUGAUUUAUAUGUUGAUUGAAAAAAAAAAACAUUAGCAAAAACACUGACAGUUCAUAUUACGCAAGUUUUAAUGCUUGUAACUCUGCAAGGGGGAGGAGUCUGAUUGGCUGAUUAUAAAAGGAAGAAAAACUUGAGUCUUCCUUUUCCUUAGAAAAUAUUUCAGCUGUUUUUAUGUAGAUCGUAAAUUAACUGAAAGGCUGCUUCGUCUAUUGGGUGCACCAAAAUUAACCCGAACAAAAAGUUCCUCACUGUAGCUUUAAGUUGGAAAAUUAAAACAUUGGCAUGCCGUUAACACGACCUUUACUUUUUGCCACUCCAGAGAAAAUACUCCGUAGAAUUUAAGUGUUAAAAUGAUGCAGAAUGAUAACCGUCAUGUGCACAAUGUGAAUUACUUUGUUCACAGGGGGCGCCAAAAUCAACACAAACUGAGAGUUCCUCACAGGAGCUUUAACGGGUAACUGAUAAAUAAAACUUAUGAAAUUUAUGACUAAAAUAGAAGAAAUCGACUUGCUUACUUAAAAGCCUCUUUUUUUAGUUAUUUUUCAACAUAAAUUUACUCCGUAGAGCUUCUUUGUGGCACAUCAGUGGAGAAAGGUUGAGAACCGGCUCUGUCAGCGGGCUGUAAUGUUUUUUGUGUAAACACAGGCAGGCUGACGAGCCGAAUCUCCACUGACCUAACUGUGACGUACAGGUUUAUCCGAGUGCUUUAAAAUGAACCAAACCUCUUCAGAAUGGUUGUAAAUAUCAGCUGUCGAGAAGCAAAAACGAAGAGGAAAACUGGGACACCUCCCCAGAAAGCUUUGAUUCCAGACCAUUCUGAGAUUUCCUUCAAUUACAGAUUAUUUUUUCUAAAAAUCGAAUUCUUCCAGACCAGAAAUCUGACCCGAUGGUGGAUAAACAGUUAUGCUGAGUGGAUUAAUGUAGAUAACACCCUCACACCCGCAGCACAGACCCUGUUUACGGUUGUUGUUGGAGGCGAGCUGGUCAGCGGAGGUCCCAGGUAAGUGUUGGGGCAUGCAGUGACGUGUUGUGGCAUGUUUUUGGCGCGUGGCCCUGGCGUGUUCUUGCGGCUCUUGCUGUGUUUGUUUUGGAAACAGCAGAUGAUCAGGUAGCGGUCUGGUUCAAUGCAUCAGGGACUCUCUGCUUGUUCAGACUCAUUUAGAAACACAAACCUUCUAAGUUUGAAGAGUCAGUCUGCAUGCUGUGUGAGCAUGAAGUCUGAGUCCAGUGUAGUCUGAAUUUUAGACGGUCUGGACCAGGAAAACCCACAAGCUGCAUGUCGGACUCAUAAACAGAGAAAAUAUAUCUUUACUUCUUGAACAUAAAAGGAAACGAAGAUCGCUGAGAGACGACUCUGGUCUUUAUCUUGUCCGCACCGCUAAAUGCCAGCCAGGGUGAAACCUACCCCCAACCCCCCACAUCCCAUCUCCUUACAGCCAAUGGGAAGCCAAAGUCCCCGUCACCUGGAGAGAGCCAGCCAGCACACACACACACACACACACACACACACACACACACCAUAGAUAAGUUUCUCUUUCCUCGUAUCCUUCAGACUUCGUAGUGGAAAGCUGAUUAUUUGACCCCGAUGUGGUUAACACACGUUUUUAUGAAAUCAGACACGAGGUAAAGGGGAGUCGAAGGCUACGUUCACACUGCAGGUCAAUUCCGAUUUUUCAACCAUAUGUGACUCAUAUCUGACUUUUUCAUAUAAGUGUGAACAGUGGUUGGAAGCAGUGGGUCUGAAUGUUCUUCACAGAGUUCAGUAUCACUGUAGGCGACGCCCUACUACCAUAACAGUAGCUAGCAGACGGUUCUAGAAAGAGCUACACAUCUGCACAGAAACGGCACAUUUCUGAUCACGAUGAAAGUCUUCAUGCUGGAAAACUGUUGAACCUUUGGGGGGUCCCAAAAUGAAACUGCACUUGAGAUACUAGUGUGACUUAGUCUGUGUUCACACUGCAGAUCAAUUUCGACCAUAUGUGACAUAUAUCUGAUUUUUUCAUCUAAGUGUAAACAGUGCAAUUCCGAUUUUUUCUAAUCCGACCCAGGAUUAUAAAAUCGGAUAUGUAUCCGAUGUGACUGCAGUGUGGACGCUCAGGUCGCGUUCAUCCGACCUUUACGUCAUCAAUAUGCGACAAACGUCACCAUUGUUCAACAACACAAACAAGAACAUAAAAAUGACUAUUUAAUAAUUAUGACUUUUUACCUUAUGACCUUUUCUAGUUUUUUUAGUUUGUUACUGUAUCAAAGUAUUUUACGGUAACAGAGUAAAACAGAGUACAGACGAAGAAGAAGAAGCUGCUUGCGAGCUAGCUGUAGCAUCCCUCUGAGAGAUAACUCAGCACUUUUAAAUCAGUGUCCGUGCAAUGAUAACUAACGUUAAAACUUUAGGUGAUUAAUCAUUUUAACAAUUAUACUUUUUAGCUCUAAUUUGAACUGUUUUAAUUCAGCUCAGUUUGUAAAAUAAAGAAAGUAGGGUUUAUUAUUUAAACGGUAUAGAUGAUUAGAUUUAAAUACAGCACCACUUUUACACUAAAGUUGUUCAGUUGUGAAGGAUACAAGCAAAGAGAGCCUCACACACACACACACACACACACACACACACACACACACACGGUCACACACAUGUUCAGUCUCAGAUAGGGAGUGUGCCCCCUGCUGCUCUAACAUCAUAUUGCGGCCACCAUCAGGCCCUUGAGUCCCUGCUGCAGCUGCACGAGGCCCGGGCCAACUACGAGGAGUAUUGCAUCCCGAUGUGCAUGCUGCCCGCCACCAUUAGUAACAAUGUUCCCGGCACUGACCUCAGUAUCGGCGCCGACACGUCCCUCAACGCCAUCGUGGAGGUAAGAGGCCAGAGGUAUCUGAGAGAAAUAGAUGUGAUAAAAGUCAGUGUGGUGACGAAUAUGAUGCUUAAAAAUCACAUCAAGUCUAGAGGAUGCUGAUGUUGUCAGUUACUGUCUAGUGUGUACGAGUCAAAUAUUUCAGUUUAUCUCAGAAAUGUCGAUUUGAAAAACUGUUUAAAGGAACAGAAGGAAAAACGUCAACCUGUGAGUACUUCCUUUUCCUUCUCUGAGUCAGUCCAGGUACCAGCGACAGGACCGUGGUGCACCUGCAUGUACAGUGUGUGUGUUUGAGAGUUAAACGUCUGAUGAGUUCAGUUUUUGUCUGUUCGGAACAACAAGCAGCAAAAUGCAGAGACGAGGAAGACCCCUUUGGGUCAAAGUUCAGCUCGCCCCGUCUGAAUUCUAAUGAUCAUGUUUAUUGAACAGUACUGAGUUAAUACGAUGAGUGAAGUUUGCACAGAACAAGAACAAGCAGCAAGAUGAAGAUUCUGUUUACAUCCAGGUUUUGUUCAAAAGUGGAAAUGUUUUUUUUUUCUAGAGCAUUAAGUUACUUGAAAAUUGAAAUUUCAAAGGUUAAAGUCAUUAAUUUUGUGAGCAGGAUAUGUCUACCAAUGGUCCGUGUCGUUAGGAUGAAAAUAAAAGGAGACUGCCUUUGAAAAAAAAAAUAAAGAUAUUGUUUAUGAGAUAAAAACUCUGAAUUAAGAGAAAAAAGCCAAUUUUAAUGUGAAGCAAGACGAUAUUAUGAGAUAAAAAAGUAAAGCUUCAAGUGUAAGAAAGUCAAAGUCACAUUUGAGAUGAAUAAAACUGAGAAAAAACAAUGAUAAAUAAGUCAGUCAUAGUAAUGAGAAAUAUCAGUAAUAAAUGUUUCAGUUUCAUCUCAUAAUUUUUUCUCAACAUUUUGACAUUUUUCCUCAUACCUAUGACUAAACGAUUUUUAACAAAUACUUGCCAUCACAAAUAAUAUACUUUUUAUCUCAGUUUUUACUUUUUGUGUUAUUAUGACUAACAUUUUGACUUUUUACUCAUAAUUAUGACUAAUAUUUUCAUGAUUAACAACUACCUGAAAAAACUUUACUCAAUAUCUCAUAAUUAUGAAUUUUAAUAAAAAAAAACUGACGAAUUAUACUCGCUAACUUACUGACUAUUUCAUAGUUUUACAUUUUUAUCCUACGAUUAUGACUCAGUUUCAUAAUGAUAACUAUUUUUUUUUUAAAUGUCGACUUUUUAAUCAUAAUUAUAGGUAAGAUUUCAUAAAAAUAACUAAUAUAUAAAAAUAAAAUAUUUUUUUUUUCAUUGGGGCCAAGUCCUCCUGGUGAAAUAGAUUUCCACAUUACUGAAUGAUUUUAGAUUUAAAAUAAUAGAACUGACAGUUGCUCAUUGUUUUUCCCAAACAUCAUUUUUAGACAAGAAGGCGAACAUAGGAGAUAUUAGAAAGAAAAUAACGUGAUUAUGUUCAUGUCGUCUCUCCAUAUGAACCCCUUUAAUACUGUCGGGGCAGCGGCUGAAAUAUCGUGUCGGUCAGGGUCAGCGGUUAUUAGACACCUGCAGUCUGCUGAACUCGCUUGUUUGCUAACCUCAGUGUUGUUUUCGUAGUUUUGCAUGCUCUCUUAGUUUAAAACCUUCGUCUUACCUGUUUCUGACUGUAAAUCCGUGGUUGUGAUUCAGACGUGCGAUCGCAUCAAGCAGUCUGCCAGCGGCACCAAGAGGAGGGUCUUCAUCAUCGAGACCAUGGGGGGUUACUGCGGUUACCUGGCGACAGUGGGCGGUCUGGCUGCCGGUGCCGACACCGUCUACAUCUACGAGGAGCCCUUUGACAUCCGUGAUCUGCAGGUUGGAACAUUCGCACAUUUCUUCUGUCUGAAUCAGAGUGAUUUCUUUUUUUUACCUCGACAUGUUUGGACCGCAGAGUCACGUGAUGUUGCCGAUUAAAAGAGGUUCGGCCUGAAGCAGCAGGAUGAAACAUGUCAAGAUGAAACGAAAGUCUAUUCAGCUCUUUAACCUCUAAAGUUCUUCAUAUCUGCGUGACCUUGAAUUAAACCUAAACAGUGCACAUCUUUUAUAGUCCCACCCUUUGCCCUUUGCAUCAAUAAAACUGAACCGUACACGUGAGCAUUGUGCAGCUUUCAUCACAGUCUGGAUAUUUGAGGACCGGCAGGUGACCCAGAUUAUAUCUCUGCAUACACCGACUUAUUAAUAACCUCUGAGCUGCAUCACUCAGACUGAUCCACUCAACUUCACAGACGUCCGCUCUGACACGAACUUCAUUAUCGUUCUUAAAAACACAAAUCUAGUGCAGUUUUAUUCCUAAUUUGGUAAAAUAAAAUUAAAACAAAUUAAAUUUACCCAGAAAAGUUUGAUUCAGUUUUUCUUUGUGACAUUUUAUAAAAAGCAAAAGCUGCAAAAUUCAAUCAAACACUAUAAACUAAAAAUCCCUGCAACACAACAAUCAAGUCUUUUCCAUGACCGUGAGAGGGUCAAAUCUUGAAGUUUGGUGCCCUCUGCUGGUGCAGACAUGCUCCUAAAGUAUUGAGAUGCAGAGGAGUGAUUCCAGGCUGGAUCGGCUCCUUGUGCAGACUGCUGCUGCUGCUGCUGCUGCUCCAGUUUUAAUGCCAGGAUUCACUCUGUGAUUUCAGGGCAACGUGGAGCAUCUGACCCAGAAGAUGAAGACGUCCAUCCAGAGAGGAUUAGUGCUCAGGUGAGGCUUCACUCAUCCACCUGUCUGUCUAGUCUGUUUUCAGGUGUUAUAUCGUUUCAUUGGCCGCUUCAUACCCAGUUUUAAAAAUAAAACCUAUUAAUUUUCAAACAUUUCGGCGUAGUCCAGCUCUCAGGGUUGUCUUUUCGUCAUCUGUUGUGGUUAUUUUCGUCCUCUGCACCAGCCUGAUGGUUCAUUUCCUCCCAGCAGGACGGAGAUCUCUGAAAAUAGGACAAAUGUAGUUUUCUGGACGGUGUGUAGGUGACAUUGUGCGUCUGUGCGGAGGUUUGCACCUGCGUGAUUUCAUUAUUACAAGUUACACUCAGGUGCAGUGGUGCACUUCAAGCGCUUUAGCGGGUUCCAGCAGACUAACGCUCUGACCCAGAGGCACCUGUGCAGUCGUGAGAAAACCACCUCCUGGUCUGAUUCUAGAUUAGCCAAAAGUACGUUGGUGCUGCCGUCUUUGAGCUUCACAACCUCUGAGUGAUGUUACAGAGACGGUCCAUGUUUAAUACAGUCUACAUCUGUUUUUAAAGUCUGAUUAAAGGAGAAUUCUGGUGUUUUUCAACCCAGGGUCCUUUUCUAUUUUACUUGUUUUGGUGUCAAUGGUUUAAAAAAACUCGUUCAAUGCAAAAUUUUUGGGAGAAUUUUUAUAUCUUUGAUAAAAAGGUCGAUGGAUAGAGUAAGUUACAGGGAAGGGACAGAAGGGGGUGAUAUUUGAAGGGUUAAACUUGAACCAAGAGAGGGAUUGCAAGUCUGUCUCGUCUAAAAAUGUAAAACGGUAAGAAAACGGUCCGAAUUUUGCAGUUUAUCCUAACAGAAUAUUAAAGUUUGUGUGUAAUAAUGUCAAACUGGUUUAUGGAGUGUGGUUAACAUUAGCAGAGCUAGCACCGCCAGCCUUUGGUCCUCCUAGUAGGUCUAAGUCCACAUGUCUGAGCUGGUUACACUCUGCCAGAGUUAAAUAUGUCGUUUGGUGUAAAAAGCUGCUUUAACUUGUUUUAUUUGAUAAAAGUGUCUCGUUGUUUCAGUGAAAUCGCCCUUUAACUGACCUGUUGUUCUGUUUGUUCCAGAAAUGAGAACUGCAACGAGAACUUCACCACCGACUUCAUCUACCAGCUGUACAGCGAGGAGGGGCGAGGCGUGUUUGACUGCAGGAAGAACAUCCUGGGACACAUGCAGCAGGUUGGACACACACCCUUCACAUCUUCUGUCCAAACAAUGAAGUCCAGAAACGUCUGCUUUCUGUCCUCUCAGGAGUUCUGUCUGUUGUGUCUUCAUCUUGAUCAUUUCAUGAAUUCUGAAUCAUUAUUUUUGGUUUAAAUAUUUUCUGUCCUCAUUUACAGGGAGGAGCUCCUUCACCAUUCGAUCGAAACUUUGGAACCAAAGUUGCUGCUAAAGCCAUCCAGUGGAUCACGAGGACACUUAAAGACUCGUACAAAGGAGGUGAAGCUGCUCCUCAUCCUCAUGUUUCACUAGGAUAUCCUGGUUACGUGUUUCUGCGCAGACUGAAUCUAAAUUUGUUUUAAUUAAAGAGGGUGAUGUUGUUCUUCCUCACAGGUCGGGUGUUCGCUAACUCAGACGACACCGUCUGCCUCCUGGGGAUGCGUCGUAGAGCCCUCGUCUUUCAGCCUGUUUCUGAGCUCCGCGAUGAGACCGACUUUGUGUAAGAAAAACUUCACAUGUUCAACUCUUUAGCAGCUCGACCCCUAAAUCUAUGCUCAUUAAAAAGCUACAACAAUAAAACAUACUAGCAAUAUUUAAGAUUACUGAACACACAUGAUGUAUGAUUAAUAAGUCUAACAGUAAUAUUUAUAGUAUUUAAGAAAAUCUGAAGUCUUGUACAUUUUAUCAAAGUUUAAAUACUAAGAUUUGUUUAAGCUAAUUCAUGUUAGAAAACUGUUUAAACAUCUACAGAAAAAAUACAAAAAAAUCUCAUAACUUAACUUUGAUUUUAAAGUCAGGAUUCUGAGAUCCAACUUACCUGGGAUUUCCACCGCAUCCUGGACAGCUGUGAUUUUCGUUUCCGUUUGAUCCAUUUGUGAGGUGAAUUUCGUGGCGGAUUACAGACAGCAGGAAUUGCGAGAACUCACAAGAACCUGCGGCUUCACGUGCAAUCGCGUAAUAACAAGUUGUCUUCAGUCACGUAGUCUAACCAUAUAAGCAGUAGAUUGUGUCCUUCCAGAGGAGGAAAUCUACUUCUAGACUUCUAGAAUCAGCAUCUCCUCAUCCAUGGUGUCAUCGGGGUGAAAUGACGUCUAAAAACCUUUCACUUGUUCGUCUCCGCCCGUUUGCAUGGUGUGAAAUACGAUCCGCCUGAAACACGGAGUGUUUUAUUUUUAAAAGAAGCCGGACGUUUUAUUUUGUGUCUGUGCCCGACUUCCUUUCCAGCACGGGUUCAUCUGUGCUCAAUUUAUCCGCCAUGCUCCGGCGUCCAGAAAAAAUAGAACUCUUGUGAUCAGCAGUGGAGUCCGGCGAUCCGCAGAGGAACAGAAAGAAGCCGGUGGAAAUUGACAUGUUAACUUGAAUGGUUACGAUCAGCUGCGAUCAGGCCUUUUAGUAGACGUUCAGGAUGAAGUUGGAGAUUGGGGGUUAGAAUUCUACGAUUAAAGUCAGAAUCAAAAUCAUUGUCCUGAGAUCAAAGUCCGUUUCGGAGCCGGAAUUACAAAAUCAAAGUUACAAUUCUGAGAUCAAAGUCAGAAAUCUGGAAUUUCAAUUCUAGAAUUUUAUGAUCAAGGUCAGAAUUCUGAAUUCAAGUUUAGAAUUUUGAGUUCAAGGUCAGAUUUUUGAGAUCAAAGUCAGAAUGCUGGAAUCAAGGUCAAAAUUUGGACACCAAGGUUAAAAUUCAAGAGGCGAAUCUUUGGUGGUAAAGUGCAGAAUUUACACUCAAACUAUGCUCAACAUGACUCCCUCUCUAAACUUUGUUCUUUCUCCCUUUAGCCACAGGAUCCCUAAGGAGCAGUGGUGGCUGAAGCUCCGCCCUCUCAUGAAAAUCCUGGCGAAGUACAAGACCAGCUACGACGUGUCCGACGCCGGCCAGCUGGAGCACGUGAGCCGUUUCCGUCCAAAAGAGAGCAACACCGAGACCAUCUAAAGCCCUCAAGUGCUGCAGGAGGACUUCACUCCAACCAGAACACAGCUUCACUUCGCAGUGACAGCUACUCACACAAUGACUGAUCGACUGCUGACUGCAGAUAAUUAAAUGAUAGAUUUGAAAAGGUGAUAGGUCAUUUUUAAGAGAUACUAUACGGUGGAGACUUGGUGCUGUUUGAAAGGAAUCCUGGAUUAAAUGAGGGUGUGAAAAAGAGUCCUGAAGAAGGUUUUAACAAGCCAGCACAGCGGAUGUAGUAUUUUAUAGCUAUCUUAUCGACAUAUAUAUGAAUAAUUUAAUAUAUAUAGUAAGCACUCUUCAUGAUGUACUGUAUAAGUAUGCAAGAUUUAGUCCUAAAAAUGUAGCUUUAUCUAAAUUUAUUUUCAGCGAACAUUUAAAGUCUAGCUUUUGUGAUUUUAAAUUAUUUUCCACAGCACUUUGAGCCCCGUGAGAAAUAUUUAUCCUCUGAGCUGCUUCUGAAGAGAGAGAGAGAGAGAGAGAGAGAGAGAGAGAGAGAGAGAGAGAGAGAGAGAGAGAGAGUUUGAGCUGGAGGAGGAUCACACUCCCUCAACCCAACACUUUCAAAACAUCCACCGUCCUGAUUGUAAGGUGACGUGACCUACAGGUGUAUCAGGAGGUGUGUGUGUGUGUGUGUGUGUGUGUCCUUUCACCUGCUAACUGUGUGUACGAGUGUGUGUGUUUCGGUGUUGCUUUCGAUGUUUGUAUCCACUCUGGGCUUCGUGUGUGACGUAGCGGUGUUUGUGAGUAGGGUCCUGCUGUUGCUGUAGUUGGGCAGUGAAGUGGAGGAUGUCUGAAACUUUAAAGCGACAUUAACUUCGUGUGCCGACAGUGAUUGUCCUGUCAGAGUAAUAAUAAUAAAGCAUUUACUGUGUCCAAAAGACUGUC